AUGAGCUCAGAAGAAGAUGAUGCGAUUAGUCUCAUCAGCGUUCUUGGUCUCGCUGUUUUCAUCGGUCUCUGCAUCUUGCUCGUUGUUCUCAUUGCAACCUCAGCUCUCAUUCUUGUAAUCUACGUCAUCAUCGAUUGCAUUCUGCGACCAUUCUUAGGAACAUGUCUCGACCUAGAUCUCGAAAUCGGAGUACAAAGAGGCCAACAACGUGCUAGAAUCGUUACCUACCACACAAUCAUCUCGACCGGUCUACGGUUACCAGAUUUCGAGAGAGAAGGAAAAAAGCGCGGGCUGAAACAAAGCGUGAUCGAAACCCUACUACCGAAGUUGCUUGUUGGACAAGGCAACCAUGAGGAGGAUGAAGAAAAGUCACUAGAAUCAAGAGAAUGCGCGAUUUGUCUCAGUGGUUAUGUCGUUAAUGAAGAAUGCAGAGUAUUUCCUGUUUGCAGACAUAUCUAUCAUGCGCUUUGUAUCGACGCUUGGCUUAAGAAUCAUCUCACAUGUCCUACUUGUCGUAAAGAUCUACCAGAAUCAUGA